AUGAAUAUAUUUAGACAAAUUAAUAAAGAAGCGAUCGCAGGAACAGCAGUUAAUACGUUAACAUAUACUAAUUUAAGUAAUAAUCUUAAUACAGGUCAAUUUAAUAAUAGUAGUCAAAAUGAAACAAUCACAAUUGAACAAAUACCAAAUACACCACUACCAACAUCCAAUCAUCCAUCAUUGGAUCAUUUAGUAGAAUUUACAACGAUGAGAGAUUUAAAGUGUAAAGAAAUUCUCACAACAGAGAGAACCUAUGUAGAUAAUAUGAAAAUACUGGUAGAGGUAUUCAUUAAACCAUUAAAAGAGGGUGAAGGUGGUAUAUCAAAGGAAAUAGCUUCACAAAUUUGUGGUAAUAUUCCUGAUAUCCUUUUAAUUUCAAUUGAACUUUUAAAUAUGUUGGAAAGUAAAUUAGCAAAUUGGUCAAAUUCUCAAACUAUUGGUGAUACUUUUAAUAAAUUGACACCAUUUUUAAAAAUGUAUACAAAUUAUACAGUUGGAUUUGAUAGUGUUUUAACAUUAGUAACUGAUUUAGAAAAGAAUUCAACAUUUUCAUCAUUCAUUCAAAAGUGUACAGAAGAUCCAAGAACUAGAAAAUUAGAUUUAAGAUCAUAUUUAAUUCAACCAGUUCAACGUAUUACUCGUUAUCAUAUGUUAUUGGAAGAGGUAUUAAAACAUACUGAUCAAUCACAUACUGAUUAUCCACCAUUAACUGAGUCUUAUAGACUUAUGAAACAAGUUACAAGUGAUGCAAAUGAAGCAAUUAAAAAGAGUGAAAAUCGUCAAAAAGUUUAUGAAAUUCAAAAAAUGUUUGUUACUGAUCCUGGUAUUAUAGCACCACAUAGAGAAUUUAUAUAUGAGGGUACUUUAACAAAAGUUUGUAGAAAAGCAUGUAAAAAGAGAGUUGUAUUUUUGUUUUCAGAUAUUUUAGUUUAUGGUUCAUCAAUUCCACCAAAAUUAUUAUUACAUGAAAAGAUUGAAUUGGAUCAUUGUCGUAUCGAAGAUAUACCAGAUGGAAAUCUUGGUGGUUCAUCAUCUAUCUCUUUAAAUGGUAAUCUAAUUAAUAAUGCUUUCCAAAUUUGUAGUAAUAAGAAAUCAUUUGUAGUUUUUGCUGAUUCUUCUGAUGCAAAAAUGCAAUGGAUGAUAGUUUUAAUUGAAACUAUUGAUAAAUUUAAAGCGAAAAGAAAAACAAUUAAAAAAGAGAAAAUCGAUCAUGCUGAAGCUCCAGUAUGGGUUCCUGAUGAAACUGCUGAUAAUUGUUCAAGAUGCAAAGAUGAAUUUUCUUUUGUUAAUAGAAGACAUCACUGUAGAAAUUGUGGCGCAUUAGUAUGUGGUAAAUGCUCUGACCAAAAAUACAAACUUCCCUCUGCUGAUUAUAAAGCUGUAAGAGUGUGUAAUAAAUGUCAUGAAACUUUAACAAAAUCUGCUUUAUCAAAUCUUAAGGUUUAG